CCGUACUCAAGUCUUUAAAUUCAGCUAGCUGUUCAGCAAUGGCGAAUGAGCGGGCUAGAAACCUGUCAUGUUGUUGCUUUGAUUACUGUUUUUAAACCACAUAGAUAACACUAAGGUUUUACAAUGCAUCUGUAGUUACAAGACAAUGGACGCGUAUACUGAUACAGAUGUCGUAAUGUCCCAAGUGGAGGAAGUGACUGUUGAGGAAGAGGAGGAAGAUAGCAUCCCCUCACAUCAUGGCACAGUGGUUGCAGAGAUGGAAAACUCUCAUCUCCCAUCACCACCCCCACCGAUACCAAGCUCCUCCGCUGUGAUGUACCCUCAUGUCAGUACUGACCACACCUACAACUCCAGUGCCACCUGUGAGGAGCGUGCCCUUCACAAUGGCUGGAAGAAGAGAGUUGUCCGACGGCAGGGUGGGAAGACAGUUGGAAGAACUGACGUCUACAUUUACAGUCCUGAGGGGCGAAAGUUUCGCACUAAAGCAGAGCUGGCUAUGUUCAUUAGCAGCAACCAACUUGAUGUCUCACCUGAUGACUUCAACUUCUCAUCAGAUUUGUCAGCUGAAAGAUCACAGAGAUCAGGAGAAGCAAGACGGUCCGCCACCAAGGUGAAGGUCGCACGACAGCCUCGAUCUAGGAAGGAGGUGGUGAUUACACCCGUACAAACUCCACCUCCACACCAGCACUCAGACUCAGAGGAGACGUCACCGCUAUCUGCCAGAGGUGACCACACGUACGAGGGCAGCAAUACACGUGAGGAGGAGCAGCUGCUUCCCAAUGGCUGGUCCAAGAGGGUGGUGCAGAGACUCAGCGGCAAGUCCGCCGGCAAGUUUGACUGUUACAUCUACAGUCCUGAUGGUAAAAAGUUCCGUUCAAAGACUGACAUAGCCUUGUAUAUCCACCAGCAGGGUCUUGAGAUAAGCGUUGACGACUUUGACUUUGCCAAGAUUAAAAACAAAGCCAAAGCUGUAGGAGACGUAACUUCCAAAAUCAUCAAGAGCACAAAAUCAAAACGAACAAAGAAGAACAUAGUGAAACAAAAACCAGAAAGCCCGAAGAAAAAAUCCCCUGUUAAAUUUUCCCCGAAAAAAGACAAUAGGACCUUGGCACAAAAAUUAGUUGUCAAGAUGAAUUUUUCCACACCCACCAAACGUCGACAGGAUGAUCUAAAGGAGCGAAGGAGGAGGGAGAGGGAGGAGAGGAAGAUGACUCUGGCAAAGAAGAAGCUUGUGGUAGAGGAGCCGGAAGUUGAAGAUGAUGUAUCUGACAUAUCGGACAACGAGGAGCAAUCUGUGAUAGUGAAACCUGCUGAGUCAGCAGAGGACUACAGGUAUGUGCAAGUGACAGACUCGGGGUCAUGGGACAAAGAUUUGGAAAGUCGGGUGGGCACAGGUAUGAAUGUGGAUCCUGGUAAGGAGGAUGACACUGUAGCAGGCUACAGUGGAUCCAGUGAGGAUGAGGAUGGAGAUGAUUCUGAUGAUGAAGAUAGUGCUGAAGAACCACAGAAGGCUGUGAUAACAUCGGACAGUGCUGAUCUGAGUCACGAAAUUACGGAGGAAAUGGAAGUGGGUGAUGAAUCUGAGGAAGAGAAGGAUGAGUUGUAUUCCCGACCAGAAGAUGAAAGUUCCGAGGAGGAGGUGGGAAGUGAGAAUGAGAAUGAGAAUUCGGAGAUUAAGGGCAUUGAGAAGGCCUCGAAGGAUGAGGACUUGAAGGAUGAGGACUCGAAGGAUGAGGACUUGAAGGAUGAGGACUCGAAGGAUGAGGACUCAGAGGAUGAGGAGGAACGGGCACUGCAGUACAAUGAGUAUGAUGAGCUGAGGUUGAUCAGUGAACAUGAUGAGCCCCACCUGGAGGAGCAGCAUGGGCUGGACAUGGCAAAUGCUCAGGACACAAUCAGUGGCAGUGGAGAAGAUGAACACUCGGACUCUCAUCUGGAAUCACAUGUGAGUGAGGGCGAGAAUGGGGAAAUUCUGCCUCAGAUAAAUAUCAAAAACAGGGUGAUAUCUUCUGGAGCAAGAAGUGAACCUAUUCUUGAUAAAAUUGCUUCUGAAUUUUUUCAGAUGGAUUCAUAUGGUGUGUCAUCUUUUAAUAAGUAUGACAAGGAGGAAUCAGAUUCUGAUGGUUUAGCUUCACUUCACUUUUUGCCAUUGAAGGAAGAUCAGUUGUCGAAGAAGCGACAACGUCAUCCUUCCAAACCAAAGAAGACAUCCCCAGUGACCACAUUAGAAACGAGUGAAUUAGACAAAUCCAAAGAUGUAAAAGACAGUGUAAAUGUUGAUCAUAUUAAAUUAAAUAGUGACAGGACUAAACACAUAUAUCAUGACAUCAACAAGAUUUUGUGUAAUGGGGGAAAUUUGGUGAGUGGUAGAAAUAAGAGUGCUGAGGACAGGUUAGUUGAGGCAACGAAAGGUGAUGAAACAAGACUUCCCUGUAGGAGUCCAGAGAAUACCGAAAUUCCAUGUGUAGAGUACUCUGUGGAAGCCAGAGUUCCGUGUGUCGAUUCAGGAGUCCUGCAGGCAGAUUCUGAUCAUGUGGACGAAAAUGAGAAUGUGACUCUUCCAGAAUCGGACAAACACGAGUCUGUUGAUCCAAUGGCUCUGUGUCGGGUCAGGUUGCGCUCACGGCCGUCCGAGGUGAGUCGCCGCACGUCACGGAUGCGGAAACGGAAGGUGAGCUGGGGUGGGACAGAGGAGGAGGAAACUGUAGAGAAAGUGAGACGGCAGAGUCUACAGCCAGAGCAGGAACGACAGGCACUCUCAACACAGAACUGGUCACCUGUGCCUAGCAAGUAUUUCCCGAGUGAUGGUAAAGCCCCACCCCUACGGCGCCCCACCCUGCCCCGAGAGCAGCCGUGGACACCCCCAAAGUCCCCCUUCCACCUGGUGCAGGAGAGUCUGUUUCAUGACCCAUGGAAGCUACUUGUGGCCACCAUCUUCCUCAACAAAACCAAUGGUAAAAAUGCCAUUCCGUUGUUAUGGAAAUUCUUCAACAAGUGGCCAACAGCUGACGCAGCCCGGAAUGCCGACCCUGAUGUCAUUGCCCGACUGAUGCAACCGCUGGGCCUCCAUGAGAAGAGAGCUGCGACCAUCAUCAAGUUCUCAGACGAGUACCUGACUCUUAACUGGUCCUACCCCAUAGAACUGCAUGGAAUUGGGAAGUACGGCAACGACAGUUACAGGAUAUUCUGUGUCAAUGAGUGGAAACAGGUGAAGCCGAGUGACCACAAGCUGAACGACUACCACCAAUGGCUGUGUGACAACAGUGCCCAGCUCGGCCUCGACUGAGACUACAUCAACAAGUGCUACAUCAUGGAACCCAGUGGUGACCCUGUCAACAAUAACAUGUCUGUCAGUCUGUCAGCCUCUACAUGCAAUGCAGAAAAGAACUACUGAUGUCAAUACACGUGGCAGUUCGGAAAUCAAGGGCUGUCCGAGGGUCCUUGAAGCUUGCUGCUUUUGUAUGUGAAAUGAAGGACACUCUUCAUUUGUAACUUUAACGUUUGGGAUACAAUGAGAACCCCUCGACUUUCCUGGUUAUAUUUUUAACACUGCUUUGACUUUCAUCACUAAAGUUGGUUGAUACUGAUGUUAAUAAUCUUUGAAUUAUGGAGAGAUGAUUAUUUGUUUAUUACUUUGAUACAUAUCUCAAACAUGGUUUAUGAAUGCAGUUUAUAAUGGUUGCUCAUUCAUAUGAAAGCAUGGCAGGAGUUAUUUUUCUGGUUGUAAUUAGAGUAUAUGAUAUGCAGAAUUAAGUUGUCUUUUUCCCCAAAUAGUAGUUUAACCAAAAUAGUAAAUGUCUGAGACCUGUAUCACUUUGUUCAUUCCUUCCACAUUAAACUGACAUGCUGUGGUAUAACUGGAAUAGUGUACAAGAGAAUGUUAAGCCCAACUCACUCACUUCGAUCACUGCUUCUGUGGUGGAUGUUUUCAAACUAGGACUGUAAUCAUUCAUUGGUAUUCAGUGCAUUGAGAUCCAUUCUGCCAUGAUCAGGGUUCGAAAUUAUCAUAAGUCUGCUAGUCUGAGUUUAGAAAGGUUCAGGAAGGAUUAGUGACAUUUCCUUGUGGACUAUAACUAUAUCUAUUUGGCAGAUAAGAUCCAAGCAGCAAAUCAUUUUUACAAACUCAUUAAAAUAUAAAAUAAUUUCUAACCCUGAUGAUAGGAAUACUGUACAGUGAAGAUGUGUCUGGCUACACAUAAAUAUGUAAAGAGUGCAUGCAUUUUGGUUUUGACAAUGAAUUGUAAAAUAUUUUUCCUAAGUGAGAUUACCUAAGAUGUUAAUUAUUUUAUAUUAUUGAUUAUUGAUUAUUGAUUAUUGAUUAUUUUUGGUCACUAGUCAUUCCCACCGAGUGCUGAGCAUUUUUGAAACAGAUGCCAUGUUGCUACAUACAUACAAUAACCUUGGAACCUGAUGUAAACCCCAUUUCACCUCACCUGAAUCAGAUUCUGUAGUGUGACCUGAUUUUUAAGAUACUUAUCAUAUCGCAACAAAGUGUAUCAUUAUUGCCCAAUUGUCCCAUGAAAUAACUGGUACCCAUGCAUUGACUUUAGAGAAAUACUUGCAGAUUGGCAAAUAUGGUCUGAAUAUAUGUGGUACAUUGUUGUUGUGACAGAACUGUAGAAUAAUGCAGCUUCUGUUAGAAAGUCUGUUUUAAAGAUAAGUUUCGUGACACGACAAACUGUUGUGGAGAGUGUGGAGACAGUUAUCUCCCUUUGUGGUGUGUCGCGUGAUGUCCUAUUUAAUGAUGAACAGCUGUUUUACUGCCUAAUUUAGGGGGUUGUUUUUCAUACUGUUUGUAUUACAAUCCCACUACAGCGGUAAUGACCCUGCUUGAGGCUGGUUAGAUAUGCUAUAGGGUGAACAGAAUUGGUCAUGAUGUAAACAUUGCUGAGUGUAAGAAAAUAAACCUGUUUCUCCAGCACUGCCCACUUCAGUCAAAUAACCUCCAUCACAGCAUAAUUAAAGUCACUCCAAGAAAGAAUUCUUACAACAGGCUGCGACUUCUUUACACAAUACAAAUCAGGGUUAGAAACUAACAGUUUUUGUCCACUAGUCCUUAUAAUGAUAACAUAUAGCAAACCAUAAAAAUGGGCCAAUUUCUACUAGUCCUUAGGAUACCUUUACUAUUGCCAGUAUUGGGCAGUUUGGUAAGGACUUCAGGACUAGCACCAAUUUCUAACGUUGCAAAUGUCUGCAAAGUAAACAAGUCUUUUUGGUAGAACUAAUCUUCUUUUUGCUGACUGAAUGUUGAGCUUAAUAACAGUUCCUGUGAUGGGUAGUAUAUAUUUGAUGUCUGCUGUAUGGCUGGACCAUUGUUGACUUGCUUCAAACAUCAUUCAUUAUUUGUGAUGCAGUUCAAUCAGCAGCUUCACAGUUGGAUAAAGACAGUCUAACAAUCUGUGGGGCAAUUGUUAGCGUAAUGAGUGGAGUUUUGAGGUGCUAGAUUUUUUUUACACCAGAGUUCAAGGCAUUAUCAAUACUUCAUGAUUUUGUGCGCACAUUUCCGAUAGGCUUUGACAGGCAUUUCUUAGAAGUUGACGGAUGACAAAGUAGACGAAAAUGUAUGGAUAGCAACUUCUUUAUUAUACUGUAAUAGCGACAUUUCGGUAUAGAUCUUUAUACUGAAUUCAAGCAAGACUGACAGUCAUACAUUAGUCCAGGGGUCCGGAAACCGUCCAGAUAUUCUUAAAUUUUGACCGGACAUGAUCAACAGUUAGGACUGAGCAGUUUCUGUCUGCAGUUGUAACACAAUGAAGAUUAUCUACACUGACAAGCUUUGACUAAUGAUUAGUCGCCUUGUUUAUCCAACAAAUCAUGGCGAGAAGGAAACUAACAUGUUUUCUGAACACUCCAGUUACAAAGGAUAGAACACAAUGAUGGCAGCACCCAUGCUUAAUGGAAUUUGCCAAGAGGUACCAAAACAAGAAUGUGUGGAAAUGAUAUGAGCUAUAAAGUGCUAGAUCUUUUUGACAGUUGAAACAUGUUUUGACAAAGUGGAUUCUGGAGUGGCCAAUCCCGGCUCAGGGAAUGGUACGGAUCCCAAAUGUUUGUUUCACAGAAUAGGGUCAAAAAUGUCUUCCAUGAGAAAUAGAAACACAUGACCAUUACAUGACACACCCACUGUAUGUAUCACUGGUGAGGGAGGAACACCGUGUGUAGAAAACCAUGAAGUAUUGACGAUGAGUCCCAGGUGAUAUUCAUCAUGUUAAGGGGGCAUGGGUGGCCUAGUCGUCUAAGGCGCCGCGAUUUCCUGUGCAGAGUUGCGUCCCUUGGGCAUGCCAGAAACCUUUGAUUGUGGGUUCGAAUCCCGUUUCGCCCUGAUU